AUGGAGGUUCCAUCUAACAUGGACGGCUUGCUCGACGCCAUGUCUAGCACGGACGGCUUGCUCGACGCCAUGUCUAACACGGACGGCUUGCUUGACGCCAUGCCUAGCACGGAAGAUUGGUUCUGCGUCAUGAUCGAUCUCAUUCCCAUCGUUGCUCCGAUGUUGCACCUCCAGGUUCUAUCACCCAACGGGAUUCCCGCCGCGCCCUCUCAUCUGAGCGAAGAUGAGCGCGCAUGGUAUUACCGCAUUAAGAGCGAUCAGGUAUCGGGAUACGUCUUGGCUAUUCCCCUAUAA